CAGGACUCUUCCUUGAUGCCAGAAAAUUAAGAGAGUAUCUUCUCCUGUUGACCCACGGAUUGACGUGAUUGGGAGGGGGCUGGGGGGUGGAGAACGCAGAUACCCCCACCCACCCCACCCCCAUUGCCUCUAUUUCCCUCUCCAUCUCCUUCUCACUCUCUGUCUCUCACCCUCUGCCUAUCCUGCACGCCUCUCGCCAUCCUCCCGUUCAUUCUCCUUUCUUCUCUUCCAUGCACUGAUAUUCUCCUAUUCGUCAUAAACCCAUUUUUACACUCCUUCGAUUUUUUUUUGUAAUGUGUGAUAUUACAUCACUCCGCAACGCGACUCGGUUCAUUUUUAGUUCUUUGCCUGUUUUCAUCUGACUAUGUGUUAUUGAGAUAUAUUCUUUUAAACCAAUUUCGGCGUUGCGUCGUGGCUGCGGAUUUUUUUUUUUAUAAGGCUGAAGAAGUCGCAGAGAUCUAGCUGGCGGCUUCCUUCCUAACCUUAGAAUCAAAUGUUUUUAUUCCUGUGUAGCUGGCUAAUGAAAACAUUUCAUGCAAUUGCUCCUGCACUGAGUGGGCGAGAAAUACUCUUUGGAAUUUUUGUGCUUAUUAGAUGGACAGCUCACAGUCCUGCAGGGAGAACAGCCCUAUCAGCUUAAUCGGAGCACAAAUGCUCGCACAGCGCUUUGGAGCCCCUUGAUGGUGUUCUUCCCUCGCUCGUUUUUUUUUUUCUGCCUUUAUUUCAUUAUUCCUUCUGGACGUUAAAGCAGAACGUCUUUCUCAUUUCCCUGCACCUCACUCGCCUGCUCUAUCGCCCUCUUUCGUUUCCUCACUCACACACACUCUCUCUCUCUCUCCCUCUCCCUCUCCCUCUCUCUCUCUCUCUCUCGCUCUCUCUGUCCUUUUUGCCGCCUUUGUCGAAAUUCGCCGCAUUGCCGAGUUGUUAAGAAUUUAACAUUGAGCCGGUGAGCUCUGCAAAGAUAGCGCCGCACAGCGCCGCGCAGAUCGUCACCUCGGGUAACCGGCCAAGAAGAUGAGUUCGUGCAGCAGCCGGGCCUUGACCCUGCUGUCCUCAGUCUUCGGUGCAUGCGGCCUGCUACUGGUUGGCAUUGCGGUCUCCACUGAUUACUGGCUACUCAUGGAAGAAGGGAUCAUCUUGCAGCAGAACCAGACGACGGAGGUGAAGAUGGCACUGCAUUCCGGCCUGUGGAGGGUCUGCUUUGUUGCCGGCAGUGAGAAGGGUCGCUGUGUCGCCUCGGAGUACUUCUCAGAGCCCGAAAUUGAAAUCACCACAGAGAACACGGCUAACAUUCUCAAGAUGGUGCGCACAGCUACUCCCUUCCCCAUGGUCAGCCUUCUGUUUGUCUUCACCGCCUUCGUCAUCAGCAAUAUUGGGCACAUCCGCCCACAAAGAACCAUCUUGGCCUUUGUUUCUGGAAUCUUCUUCAUUCUCUCUGGACUCUCCUUAGUCGUGGGCCUCGUCCUCUACAUUUCCAGUAUAAACGAUGAGGUGAUGAACCGACCGCGGGAGCCUGAGCAGUUCUUCCACUACCACUAUGGCUGGUCCUUUGCUUUUGCCGCAUCAUCCUUCCUUCUCAAAGAGGGUGCUGGCGUGAUGUCCGUCUACCUGUUCAUGAAGCGCUACUCAGAGGAGGAGAUGUACCGGCCGCACCCUGCACUCUACCGGCCAAGGCUGUCCGAGUGCAGCGACUACUCUGGGCAGUUUCUUCACCCUGAGGUGUGGCAGCGGGGCCGCAGUGCCUCUGACCUCUCCAGUGAUGUGUCCAUCCAGCUGAAUCAAGCAGUAGGGAGCUCUUCAUCGGCCCCUCCACCACCUCCCCCUUCCAUAGCUCCGCCAGCGGGUGCCUCCACUUCCUCUUCCUCAAAUGCAGCUGUCGGGGCGAUAGGGGGGUACCUGCCUCCAAGCCACUCCCACCCUCACCCCCACCACUCACACUACCACAGCUAUGCUCAUCAUUCCCAGCACUCCCAUCACGGGCAGCAGUACCAGCACCAAUCUCAUCAACAUUCAAUGCCCAUGACAACGCCAGCCUCCUUGCCCCCUGCACCCAAAUACCACUCACACAUUCGAAUGAGUGCCUCCCCUUGCUAAGCUAAGUCUGAGACGACUAGAGUAGAGUAGAGUAGCAUAGCGUAGAGCCAAUUAGUAUUUAGUAUUGUAGUUUAAGGGGCGGGGCUUAACAUUACUUUAUUACUUCAAAAACUAAUAAGGCAAAAAAAAAAAACAAUUUUUAAAGAGAAUGAGAAAUAAAUACAUCAAUAUGUUGUACAUAGCGAGAGUAAUAAUUCAACACUCCUAACCACAUCAACUGACAGCUGUCCUCAAAGGCACACUGACUGACAUGCAGACAGACAGACAAUCAGACCGAAACUUGGACAGACCGACUACAACUGUUUCAGGUCAGAUAGAUAGAUAGAUAGAUAGAUAGAUAGAUAGAUAGAUAGAUAGAUAGAUAGAUAGAUAGAUAGAUAGAUAGAUAGAUAGAUAGAUAGAUAGAUAGCUCUGUGAGACAGACAGACAGACAAUCAAGACAGUCCGACUAGUGGCUGGCCAGUGACAAGCACACAGACAGCUGGACAGAAAUGAGGACGCGGGCCCAAGUGUGAAAGGCUGGGUUGUGCAAAUAGCUUUGAAAGCACCUUGGACUGUGGCAGCAAGGGUGGGUUAAAAUAGGGUGGGGGGGUGAAAGCAUCCCCUAAAUUAGCACUUCUCGACUCUUCCCUGCCUUUGCUGCCCACUGUGUCUGUGAGUUUUUCAUUGUAAAUGGCCCUCUCUAUCCAAUCCACGUGGGUCAUGCUGUCAAACCGUGCAGGCCUUGGCUUUUCUCCGAUCUCUACAGUAAUAGUCUGUCCUCCAUGCUGUGUGCCCUUCAAAGGGGUAAAGUAGAGGGAGGCACCAUCGUCUGAGUCUGUAGCUUUGCACCCUAAGGCCUAAUCUCAUAUAAGAGGUAGGACUUGGAGAGAAACCAAAAUGGUUAGGCCUUUCCCUCCUACCUGCUGGGGAACGAAGGGGGACACAAUUGCAUUGUCCCAAUCAGCCAGGUCUUCUUCAGAUACCGUCCUCCUUCCCGCGAGAGGCAGAUCAAAGACUGAAAUUCAAGUCGAUCAUCACGCUGCCUCUAAACUAGAGUUUAGGGCAAAACCCGAGUGCAUCAUCCCAAUCUAGAAGUCUGAUCCCUUGCACCCUGUCCUGACGGGUUAGUCUCCUCUGCACACCCUCCUCUGUGCAAAGAGAUGCCCAGCAGUGCAAUGCUGUAAUCGGUGGCACUCUUUGUACCCUCGCGUAUGAAGGCACACGUGUGCAUUGAACGCCUGAUGUCAUUCACGUGUACCCCACAUGUCUUCCUCUCUUCAGAUGAGUACCAGGCCUAUGGGGGAACCAAAGCACGUCAAGCUAGGAAACACUUCAGCAUCAUCAGUCGAUGUGCCAACAAAGCAUCGGCAGGACAGGUUUGUCUUCUAAGUAUCACGUUUAAAGGGUGCCAUUAUCCCGCUAGGAUGAAUUUAUAAAGCCGCCUAUGAUGUAUGAAGGGCACUUACGAGAUGUGAUAUCCGCUCACCAUUCUUUAUUUCAUAUGGACAACACGGAAGAGUAACGUGAAAGACAAACGCACGCAUUUAACAUCCGCCAGGAAGUCUCGACUUCCACUCAGCCAAUCAAUCGGUUUGUGUUUGCUGGGCCAUUAAAUUAAAAGCUGGAAGGAUUAUGAAAGCAGCCAAUAAGUGAAAGACAUAGAUUAGCUUUUCUGUGCACCAGGAUGUCUUGAUUUCCAUUCAUGCUAUCCAUCUUUAUUUUUUUUUUAUAUCACAAGGUGCUCCACGGGACAUUGCACUGUACUGGUGGCCACUGUUUUUAUCAACGCCUGAAGGCUCCUAAAGUGGUUUAGUGUGGCGCAGACCUUUGGCCACCUUGUUUCAGAGUUGGUUUUACGUUUACAGAUUCAGAAAUAAGCAGGAAACGAUUAUGGAGAAUCAGCCCCGGCACAGACGGGCAGACACCGAUGGUUCAAGCACACACGUUUAUUUACAAAUGAAUUAAAGUCCCGCACACCACCCAGUGUCUCAAACACCAAACACCCUCAAGUCCGGGCCUCUCAAAAGUCCUGCCUUCACUCCUAUCCUCCGAGCUUCAUCCUCUUCCUCCUGACUCCGGCUGACGACUGGAGGGAGGCGGCCCCUUUUAUUUCCUCCCGGACGUGC